UAAGACUGUCAUGGCGGCGCCCUCGUGUCAUGCGUCAGUUCUGCUCAAUUUGCGCAUGCGGAUAUUGGUACAGUCGGGAAAAUAACGACGUGAACGAAGUUGGAGUUAAUACUUUAUUAGGUAAAAUGAAGAUAAAGAAAUCAAAGCAAAAAACCUUUCGGUCCCCUGCCAAAUCCAAGCGGGGGAUCCAGGUGAAGGGAACCUGGACGCCAGUGGAGAUGGACCCCAGUCUUUUCUCGGAGGAGGACAUGGGAGGAUUAGUCUGCUUUGAAGAGCUCACAGACUACAGCCUGGUCAGUUCUAACGCUAUGGAAAAGGUGACAAAGAAGAGAAAAGCUGACGAUGGAGAGGAUUCAGACAAUCAAGUGAAUGAAGACAACAACGGGGAAUCACAGCAGACGGCUAAGAAGAAAAAAAAGAAGAACGUGAAAAAGAAAAAGCAACUGGCAGAGUCUACAGAUGAUACCACUUUUGAUAGCAAUGACAGUGAGCAAGACAGCAAGGUCCUCAAUGACACUCAAGAAGAGUCCCUAGGUGAACCAGUGGACAGUGGAGAAGAGGAUAUUGUGGAACCCGAAAAGGUGACCAAAAAGAAAAAGAAAAGGAAUAAAAAGCUGAAGAAAGCAACAACCAAUCCCCAGGUUGCUCAGCAGCCAAAAACCAAGAAGAAGGUGGAAAACUGGACGAAUGCAGGUCCCUUUAGGUCAUCUGGUCAGGACUGUGAUGUCUCGGCAUGGAAGGAUCUGUUUGUUCCAGAGCCUGUCCUUAAGGCGUUGGGCUCUCUAGGUUUUAACGCACCUACACCUAUUCAAGCCCUGGCCUUGCCCCCUGCAAUCAGAGACAAGAUGGACAUUUUAGGGGCUGCUGAAACAGGAAGCGGGAAGACUCUGUCUUUUGGCAUUCCGAUGAUCCACAUGAUUCUGGAGUGGCGGAAAGCUCGGGAUGCUCGGAGCAAAGAGGCACUUGACAGCCAGGAUAAUCCCACCGAAGAGACUGGUGAAGAUGGCCAAGUCAUACCAUCAGGGCUGAAGGAACCCUCUGAUCAGCCUGACGUUGCAGUUUUGACACAGGAAGAGGAUGUGCAGGGGGAGGAAGACAGUGAGAUGGACGAGGACUCCCAGCAGACCGGAUGUGUCAAAGUGAUCGAAAACGUGGAGUUUGAUUUUGAAACAACUGAAACUACUGACAAGAGUGCCAAGACCAAAGAUUUGUUUGAAAAGAACCCAUUACUGGGGCUUGUCCUGACCCCAACCAGAGAACUGGCUGUCCAGGUUAAACAUCACAUAGAUGCUGUUGCAAAGUUUACAGGUAUCAAGACUGCCAUUGUGGUGGGGGGAAUGGCUCUUCAGAAGCAAGGGAGAGUGUUAAAUCGCAGGCCAGAGAUAGUGAUCGCAACACCCGGACGCCUCUGGGAGCUAAUUAGGGAAAGACAUCCGCACCUCUCAAAUCUCAAACGGCUCAGAUGUCUUGUGAUCGAUGAAGCGGACCGGAUGGUUGAGAAGGGACACUUUGCAGAACUGUCCCAGCUCUUGGAGAUGUUAAAUGACACCGAAUUCAACCCCAAGAGGCAGAACUUUGUGUUCUCUGCCACGCUGACCAUGAUUCACGAGGCCCCGACGAGGAUAUUGCAGAAAAAGAAGGGGAAGAAGAUAGACAAGGAGAGCAAACUGGAGACACUGAUGGAGAAAGUGGGGAUCAAAUCCAAGCCCAAGAUUAUCGACCUGACCAGGAAGGAAGCCACAGUGGAGAGCCUAACAGAGACACGCAUCCACUGCGACGCGGACGAGAAGGACUUCUACCUCUACUACUUCCUGCUGCAGUAUCCCGGGCGAACCAUGGUCUUCGCCAACAGCAUUGACUGCAUCAAGCGCCUCAACGCGCUGCUCACCAUUCUGGACUGCACCCCGCUCCCACUACACGCUAACAUGCACCAGAAGCAAAGACUGAAGAACCUGGAGAGAUUUGCCGAAAGAGAGACUUGUGUUCUGCUCACAACAGAUGUGGCUGCUCGUGGACUUGACAUUCCAGAUGUGCAACAUGUUAUCCAUUACCAGGUCCCUAGGACAUCCGAGACUUACGUGCACAGAAGUGGCAGAACAGCCCGGGCCACAAAGGAAGGUCUCAGUUUGCUCUUGAUUGGACCUGAUGAUGUGAUGAAUUUUAGGAAAAUAUACAGGACAUUGGGAAAAGAUGAAGAGCUGCCUCUCUUUCCAAUACAGACAAAAUGUAUGGCAGCGAUAAAGGAACGUGUGAAGGUGGCAAGAAAAAUUGAGAAAAUUGAGUAUCACAGCGGCCGAGCAAAGCAACACAAUUCCUGGUUUCAGAAAGCUGCCGAAGCACUAGAAAUAGACCUGGAUGAUGAUGUUUUAAUAGGGGGAGGCCAGGAUGAAUACGAGGACAGGCAAAAGCAGAUGAUGAUGAAAGGCAUGAAGAUGCAUUUGAAACACUUGCUUUCACAGCCUGUUUUCAAAAACACCAUGAAAACCAAAUACCCGACGCAAAUGGGCAAGCUGAUCCUGCCUGAGCAGCCAGCAAGGGAAGAAACUGCACUGAUUACUGUUACCAACCAGAAAAAGAAGGAAAAGAAGCAGCACAAAUAACUACUACACAAUAUUAUCAGUUUCUUGUAUACAUGUAAUCUGUAUGUAAUCUCUUGGGGAGAGAAUACUGUAUGGAUUACUACUUCAGUAUAAAACUGAAGAGAAACACAAACUUUCUUUUUAAUUGAUGUACAAAAACAAAAGAAAUCGGAUACUUGUGGUAUGUUUAACAAUAUAAUGUCCAGUUUUUCACUUGUAUUAAGAUCCUAAAUUGUAAUUUAGGAUUAUUUAAUUUACUAUGAGUGAUUGAGACUGGGGAAAAAUGUGAUCACUGUGGAAACAAGUCUGUUCAAGAGGAGAUUAAAUGAGAUUUUUUGUUCUGUUUCAAUUUAGUGUAAUGUAACAGUGCCAUACAGAACAAUGGGUUAAAUACAACGGUGUGUGUAAAAAAUAAAUCUGUGCAAGAGACUUUACAUGAACAUCUAUAAAAUGGAUAUUGCUACACACAAAACAAGACAAUAAUUAGAUUCAUGCAGUUUAACAAUGGAAUAAGUGUGGCAGACAAGUAUAAAAAUAUAUAUUUCAUGAAUAUUACUGGGACAAGAAACUUCUGUAAUGUACAUGGACUGUAUAUAAAUAAACACUUUCAUUAGCACACAGGUCAGUGUUCAGUCAAAUGUCUAAUUUACUAUUUUCUUCAUGGACUCCCAUUAUAAAAAAGAUUAAUAGUGUAGAGACACCCAUAUUACCAGAAG